AAAAGCAAGCAAUUGGCAAUUAGUUGGUAGAAAGCUAAAAUGAGAGUGAAUAUCCGACUUGCAUUCAUCAAAUUGACCCAAACACAUGUCCAAAUAAAUAAUCUUGCUCCUUGUCUGCUUAAUGUGUAAAAACUGGCAUGUAAUUACCAAUAUAAUGACCAUAUCAACUUUAUAAGGUUAACAUCCAGACAUUUCCCAAAUGCCCCAAAUAUUAAAAAAGAAGAAAUUCUAGUCAGUCACAAGUGAUGAUUGAGAGGGAUUAUUUUUAUGUGAGUUUUUACAUUACGUUUACACAAUCCUGCAAACCUUUGAUGUAAAUGGAGAAAACCAUUUUUAUAGCACAAAUGAAUAUUUCAGUUACACAUAGAAUAAAGAUGUUUACAAUAGACAAGACACUUAUCUAUUUCUGUUUGGGAACCACACUCCUCUUGCCCCACCCUCCAAGCCCAGAGAGAUCAAACAUCAUUGUUCAAUCAAUUAUUUUUUUACGCUGCUCCAAAAAUGUAUAAAUUCCAGUGCAAGCUUUUGAUUCAUCACACAGUAGUUUAGUUUUCUUAGAUGAUAUGAUGUCCACUGAGAGGUGGCCAGAGCAGAGUUGGGCACUCUUACAACUGUUGUUGGUGGCAUCUUUCUCUCAGGCUGAGGAGGUGGUGUGCAGGCAGAGAGGGGAUCCAGAAAAUCCCCAGCUAUCUAAACAUGGAGACAUUAUGUUGGGGGGAAUCUUCUCCUUCCACAGCAAGUGGACAGACAGACAAGAUACCUACAUGCACAAACCACUGCCACUGCAAUGCACCAGUUUAAAUUUCAGAGGGUUCCAGUUUGCUCAGGCUAUGCUCUUUGCCAUAGAGGAAAUUAAUAACAGCACAGAUCUACUGCCUGGCAUCUAUCUGGGGUACAAGAUCUAUGAUGCCUGUGCCACCAUUGCCAGAGGUGUGAGAGUUGCACUGUCCUUGAUUAAUGGUAAUGAAAUGGUAUUUGCUCCCUCUGAGGCAUGCACCAGAUCUUCCCAAGUGCAGGCUAUUAUGGGAGAAACCUCGUCCUCUCCUUGUAUGGCUAUAGCUACUGUCAUCGGACCUUUCCAUAUCCCAAUGAUCAGCCACUUUGCUACUUGUGCUUGUCUCAGUGAUAAAACCAAGUACCCAUCCUUCCUCAGAACAAUACCCAGUGACUACUACCAGAGCAGAGCCCUGGCCCAGCUGGUCAAGCACUUUGGUUGGACUUGGGUUGGAGCGAUAAGAACAAAUGAUGAUUAUGGCAAUAAUGGCAUGGCCACAUUCAUAGAAACUGCCCAGCAGCUGGGCAUCUGUCUGGAGUACUCUGUGUCUGUCUUUAGAACAGAUCCACCAGACAAAAUACAAAAGAUAAUUGACGUUAUCAGAGCUUCCACUUCCAAGGUGAUUGUUGCUUUCCUCUCCCACAAGGACAUGGAUGUACUAAUACAUGAGUUGUCUUACCACAAUUUGACAGGGUACCAGUGGGUAGGCAGUGAGAGCUGGAUCUCUGAUUCCCAAACUGCAGCCAUGGACAAGCAUCACAUUCUGGAUGGUGCCAUAGGCCUGUCCAUCCCCAAAGCACAUGUCAGUGGCAUGAGAGAGUUCAUGUUGGAUGUGAAGCCACUCAACUCAUCUAGUAAUGAAUUGUUUACAGAGUUUUGGGAGACUUUAUUUAGCUGUAAGUUCAAACAGUCAAAGCCAUUAGCAGCAAACCAGACUGAGUGUACUGGACAUGAAGAUGUGGCUGAGUUGCACCACAGCUUCACUUAUAUGUCGCUCAUGCCUAUCUUUUACAAUGUCUAUAAAGGAGUGUAUGCUGUGGCCCACGCACUUCAUACCAUUCUGAGCUGUAAUCAAACAUGUAACAAAGAGGUGCAGCCAGAUCCGUUUAUGAUUUUACAGCACAUAAGAAAGAUUCGGUUCAGAACAAAGGAAGGAGAUGAGGUCUACUUUAAUGAGAAUGGAGACCCAGCAGCAAAGUAUGAAAUUAUAAACUGGCAGCCAACUGAAAAUGGCAUUGUGGACUUUGUUACAGUUGGCUUUCAUGAUUCAUCAUCGCCUGCCGACCAACAGCUGAAUCUUCAAAAUAAGUCUUUAAUUUGGGCACAGAACUCACAAGAGGUGCCUUUGUCAGUUUGCAGUGAGAAAUGUCCCCCUGGAACUCGUAAGGUUCUGCAAAAAGGAAAGCCUGUCUGCUGCUAUGACUGUAUAAGAUGUGCAGAGGGAGAAAUAAGCAACAUUACAGAUUCUAACAAUUGUGUGCGAUGCCACCCUGACUUCUGGUCAAAUGAGAGAAGAGAUGCCUGUGAAAAGAAGGAGGAAGAGUUUCUAUCAUAUGAAGAGGUUAUGGGAGCAUUACUGACUGCUGCCUCCCUAUUUGGAACAUGCAUGACUGCUGUUGUAGCUUUCAUUUUCUUCAGAAACAGGCAGACUCCUAUUGUCAGGGCCAACAACUCUGAGCUGAGCUUCCUGCUGCUCUUCUCCUUGACUCUGUGUUUCCUGUGUUCUCUGACCUUCAUCGGUCGGCCCUCUGAGUGGUCCUGCAUGCUGCGACACACUGCAUUUGGGAUCACCUUUGUCCUCUGUAUCUCUUGUGUUCUGGGGAAAACAAUAGUGGUGUUGAUGGCCUUCAGGGCCACACUUCCAGGUAGUAAUGUGAUGAAAUGGUUUGGUCCUGCACAGCAGAGACUCAGUGUUCUGGGUUUCACUGUCAUACAAGUUGUCAUAUGUGUCCUCUGGUUAACAAUUUCUCCUCCUUUUCCACUGAGAAAUCUUAAGGAGUCCAAGCAUAAAAUCAUCUUAGAGUGCGCUCUGGGCUCAGCUGUAGGCUUUUGGGCUGUGCUUGGGUACAUCGGACUUCUGGCCAUGUUGUGUUUUAUUCUUGCUUUUCUGGCUCGUAAACUGCCUGAUAAUUUCAAUGAAGCCAAAUUUAUAACCUUUAGCAUGCUGAUAUUCUGUGCAGUAUGGAUCACUUUUAUCCCAGCGUAUGUCAGCUCUCCUGGGAAGUUCAGUGUUGCUGUGGAGAUAUUUGCUAUUCUGGCUUCAAGUUUUGGGCUGCUGAUUUGUAUUUUUAUUCCAAAAUGUUAUAUUAUCUUACUGAAACCAGAGAAGAAUACGAAAAAGAAUAUGAUGGGGAAGGGGGCACCAAAAUAGGUAAGGAAACUUUAAAAUGAUGGUGGCAUUUAGUGCCAUUAUUACUUUUUUUUAAAAAAUAAUAAUUAGUAGACAAGUAGACAUUUUAUAUUGUAGAUGUAUUACUGAGAUACAUACAGUGACAUACUGACAGAAUUGAAUACAGUGUAAUAUAUUGUCAUACGAGAUCUAAAAUUGUAAUGUGAUAAUAAUAAGAAUUAAAAAAAAACUAAGCAAUUGUAGCUUAAUUUUCUUGGUGCCUUUGGUCUCCUGAGGCUUUAGUUUUUUUCCCUCCUUGUUGUAGAACUUGUACAAAGCACUGCCAUGAGCAGUACUAUUUGAGACAAUGCAAGUUAACAUAGUGCUACCAUGCAGACAAUAUAUGUUCUGCAUACUGCACAUUUUUCUAAAAUACAGCACUACUAUUAAGAAAAAGUUAAAAAGUCACCACACAUUUAGC